AUGAUUUUAGAAGCUCAUAGCAUCAGGGAACCUAAACUUGAUCCACGCAGCCUGCAAAACUGCACGAGCUCCAGCACACACAUGCUCAGUAUGGAGUGGAACAGGAAAAAUACUCUGCAACUGGUCUCAGUCAUCUGUGUCCUUGCUUUUCAAGGAGUGACCUGCCAAAAUCAAACCAUAAAUAAAGCAGCACCUGUUCGUGGAGAUAACGUCCUUCCCACCCCAGCUAUAAAAAUCUCAGAGACACACAAGCCUCAGCACCAGAUUGAUGCAGGUUUUCCUAGUCUGACCAACUCGCCACCAGUGUUGGAUCGGAACCAGGUGACAUUCUAUGGCGACCGACCCGGCUCACCUGCCUUACAGAGUGACGCUUCCAGGCAGCAAACAAGGAUUACCUGUGUGGACCACGCUACAGUGAGGGACAGUGAAGCCAUAAAAUUGAAGCUAAAACAGGUUUCCAGCUGUCAGGAGAGCAGAACAAAGAUUUCUAGUGUUCUCCAGCUUUUGUGUGGUAAUACCAGCAAGCUUAAGAUCCAUCAACAACACAACACUGAUGAGAUGAUCCUGUCUGGAGAAUGCAUAGAAGCCGAUCCCAAAACAAUGACAGAAAUGCUCAAUAAUGACAACAUCAAAGAUAAGAUCGGGGUUGAAGAGGCCGCGUUGGUGAAUAACUCUCGGACUGUCCUGAUCUCAGUACUAGUAGCUGGACUGCUACUAGCUGCUUUGCUCAUCACUGGAUACAUCCUGAAAACCAAACGCAAUCAAGCCAAAGAUGUUCACCUGGCUGAAGAGAUGUACCAGGUGGAUGAACUGAACCAGGGGAACACUUUACUGUCUGUAGCCCCACUGCCUCCUCAAGAAGCUCUAGAAAAGCCCACCAGUAAUGGCGAUUCUGUAGAUCCGCCCCCCACCAAUGGUCAUUCUGCUCCCCAAACACAAGUGGAUUCUGGUGAGAUGUAAACACUUGGCCCAAUGAAACAGGGAAACCAGCCAUCAGUGAAGGUCACAACUAUGAUAAUUAAAUAGCUAAACUAUAUUAGAAAUGAAGGAAGCUAAUAAUAUAGCCUUAACUUGUACUGUGAAGACACAGACCACGGGUUCAACCAGUCUCCGAGCCUAAAUGCUUAAAAUGCUGCAAUAGUUAAAACAUUUUAACAAUAAUAUUUACUUGAGUUUUUUUUUAACUGUGCCUUUUCCAGCCUUCCUGCAACCCCAUUUUCGAAAAACUUGGGACAUUGUGUACAAUGCAGUAAAAAUCUUGAUUUAACUGACAAAAGUAGAAAGAAAAAAAAUUCUGUAUAUUCACUGACUUGGGUAUAAAAGAAAUUAUGAUUGGGUAUAAAAGAAGGAUCCACCAGCCGCUCAGGUGGCGCAGCGGUAAAGUACGCUAGCUCACCAGAGUUGGGGUCUCGAAUACAUCGUAUCGAAUCUCAGCUCUGCCUUUCCGACUAGGCUGGGUGGCUGUAUGAACAAGGAUUGGCUGUUGUUCAGGGUUAGAGAGGUAAGAAAGUCGGAUCAUAGGUCCUCAUAACUGGUGCGACUGCGGCCCCUGCUGGCUGACUGAUGGCGCCUGCACAGGGCUGAGGAAUAAUGCUGAUGGGGGUGUGGCCCUCCAUACACAGUGCCCGUCAAGUGUACGAACUCGACUCGUGCAGGUGAAAAAUGCACUAUCUGUACUGACUGUGUGUACCGGAGGGGGCGUCCUCAGUCAGCGGUGAAGGGUCGAAUCAGUAUAGAGGACGCAUUCAGGGUAAUUGGACACGACUAGACUGAGGGAUAAAAUUUUGGGGAAAAAAUAUAAAUAAAAAAAAAAAAGAAGAAGGAUCCACCAAAGGUGUACACAUCCUUAAUUAACUAAAACUACUUGAAAGUCUAUUCAACUAACCAUACUUUUACUUAGCAUAGAGAGCAUAAGUAGAAGGUAGUAAGCAGUCUGUGAUUUGGCAUGUGGUAGGAGGUUAUUAUGGGUUUUGCCAGAUUUAAUCUACGGCCAAUGCAGAGAGAAUAUGAGGUGCUGUAUGCUUUAAGUACAUUAUUUGUACUUUAUUAGUUCAAAGUUAUUUACCUACUUAGUGGAGUAGCGUUCAGGCCAAUCUCUCAUGACGUCAAAAAACCCAAAACCUGAGACUCAGCAACCUAAUUAUGCAUUACACCAACCUUAAUAUACACAUUUACAUAAAUGCCUCUAUUUUUUUACUCUAUAAGUUCUUUAUUUCAUUGAUCAUUAUUUGAUGAGUAAUGUGUCACACUAUUA